AUGCCCUGGACUUUAUGGUCAGCCAUUUCCAGAGUGCUAGGUGAUUGGGUAUGGCGCCCUGAGGAGGCGCAGGCGUGCAACGCCACGACUCUGGGGACGGCAGAAACGAGCGCUAACACCCGCGACGUGCAACCGGCACGCCGAGAGGCGGCUGUGUUCCCGCAGCUCCGUGUUCGUGAAGCGCCAGCGUCGACUUGUGUGGUUGAAAACGCCUGGCGGUCACUAGACACAGAGUACGUACCAAACACGUGUCUAUUUGGAGCGUUGAGCGCAAGUGGUGCCGAAGAUGCGCGGUUUUCGGCGGUCGGACGGUCAGAGGCCGCAGCGCUAUUAUGUACAGGUUCGGCAUAUGGGGAUAAUCGAGUGCUCAAGCCAGAUGAAACGAAAGAUUCAAUAGAGGGCGAUAAUCAUGAGAGUUCGAAAAGGUUUGCAGUGCCUGCGCGGAUCCCGGUCUCUAGCGUGUUCGCUGUGCACUCUCGGCGGCCAGGUCUUGGUGCAAAUUCGACGGACGACGUUGGCUAUCGAGAUAUGAGCGCCGAAACUCUUGUUCAUGAGAACUUGUCCCGAUCGAGGCGGAGAGAGUCUGCGGCAGAGCGCGAGCGCUUGUUGCGACGACUUGCAAGACUUGAGUCCAGCGUGCCGCCCGCCGUGUCGUAUGCUCGUGAACCGGCGUUCCGGACCGAAACUACUACCGCGGCAUCCAGGACGAGCUCGCCAGCGGUGCUCCGACAAGAAUACCCCGAUGCUCGUUCCCGAGACGUAGACAGAGUCUCUCCAGACACUAGCCUCGUUCGACUGCGCGCUAGUGCAGCGCUGCUCAGUUCCUACCUGGACUACACCAGGCGCCUGGGGACGCAAAAGCAUGAUGAGCGGAGCCGAAGCGAGGCGCAGGCGCACACGCAGUCACCGGAGAGCGAGGCGCAAGUGGUGGAAAUUAUCGACAUCUCCGACGAUGAAUCCACGGUUGAUGAACGUGAUCUCGCUGCUGCUGCUGCUACUGCUGCUGCUGCGCAUGAGCGCUGGAAUACCUCAGCGGAUCCGUCGCGACGAAUGCACGUUAUGAUUCCUGAUAAGGGCAACAAAGCGCUCCAUCGAACUGAAUCCGAAAAUCUCAUAGCAGGGCCAGUUCGUGCGGAAAUCAUCUCCACCUUGCAAAAGUGCUCGAGUUUGACGAGCCCGGUAACUGACGUGGCCCAUCGGGUUCUGGAGAUCGCCUGGAACUCGGGGCUCGAUGUGCGCGAGCCUCUUGUGUCUCAUGAGGGCUUCAAACUGACUCGAAGUGAUCUCCUCCGCUUACGCCCUGGAGGAUGGCUGAACGACGCGAUUCUGAACGCAUAUUGUCAGGGUUUGCUCAUGGAGCGCCAGACCCGAGAAGGCACGCGUCGCCAGUGGCCUCGCUGUGCCAUAUUCUCGACUUUCUUCUACACUCGUCUGUGCAACAGCGAUCGCCUCGGCGAUGCAUAUGAUUACAAUGGCGUUCGUCGGUGGACUCGAAGUGUGAACGUUUUCGAACUUGAUCGCGUUUUGGUGCCGAUUAACUUGAGCAAUACACAUUGGACACUCGCGCUCAUUGAGCCACAUAGCCGCAAGCUGACCUACUAUGACAGCAUGGGCGGUACCGGUAAGGGUGUCCUACAGACGCUUCGCCGGUGGCUCUGCGACGAGGCCAUGGACAAGCUGCAGCUACGCAUUGACGAGCAGGCUUGGACGCUCACUGUGCCUAAAUCGGUGCCGUUGCAGACGAAUGGAAAUGACUGUGGCGUAUUCGUGGCUGCAUUUGCAGAACAUCUAACGCGCACUGCACCAGUGGCUUUCUCGGCGUCAAUGAUCCCCCAUUUCCGCAUGCGGAUGUGCGUUGAGAUUUUAUGUGGUUACGUACCACCAUAG